AGUGGGACGAGAUCAAGUCGGCGCAGCAGGAGGCCAAGAAGGCCGUGACCGAGGGGGCCGACCUGCUGAAGGACGAGUCGGUGAAGCACCUCAUGAGCUGGGAGGCGAUGCUCAUCUCCAACGUCGCCACCGGGGAGGACGAGCACGCGCAGCCGUGCAUCGCGCACUGCCGCUACGGCGAGCAGGUGCGACACUCGUGGCAGGAGUGCGUGGAGCGGUGCGUGGAGGACGGGAUGACGAGGCGCAUGCUGCUCGUCGGCUUGCCCGAGAGCGAACGUCAGGCCGCCAAGCUGGACGCCCCGCUGCCGGCAGGCAUGGACGAGCUGAGGAAGAAGAGGACCGCGCGCAGGCGCGCGAGGGGCGAGGACCUCUGAGGCGGGCCGGCGGGCCGCCGCC